AUGAUGAUGAUCUAAUUGCUUUAAAAUCAAUCAAUCAAUCAGUGUUUGUGUGUGUGAGUUAAUGUUUACGAUUCUGUAAUUUUGACAAAGAAAGAAUCUUUGAAAAAUAUAUUUUAAAUCCAAAAACUAUGAUUAUGAACUCAAAUAUUGUUUAUGGUGGUGGUGGUAGUGCUGCAAUGCAAUGUCAUCAAAAUAUUGGUGGUAAUACAACAAUGGUAUCAUCAGCGACAACAAAUGCAGCGGCAGCGGCAGCAGCAGCUGCCGCAGCAGCUGCUGCUGCUGAAUAUCAUCAUCAUCAUGCGAUUGCUGCUCACCAUCAUUCGCAUCAUACACAUCAUCAAGGAUAUCACCAUAAUCCAUAUGGAACGGCAGCUGAUUUAACAAAUUAUUAUCAACCGACACCGCCAUCAACAGAUUUAACCGGUAUUGGAUUUAAUGGUGGAAGUUUAGCUGUUACAAAUCAUCAUCAUCAUCAACAACAACAACAACAUCCACAUUUACAUCAUCAUCAUCAUCAUCAACAGCAAACAUUACCAUUAUCAACGACACCACCAUCAUCAUCAAUAAAUCAUUAUCAUCAUUCAACAACACCACCAUUUCAUAUACCACCAUUACCGCCACCAAUAUUAUCAUCAUCAUCAACGGCAACAUUUGGAACAAAUGUCGAUAAUCAACAACAACAAACAUCGACAUCACCACAAUCAACAAAUAAUAAUAAUACAUCAAUAAUAUCGGAAACAAAUGGUCUUAGUUAUACAAAUCUAGAUUUAACUAAUAAUUCAACAACAUCAUCAUCAUCAUCUUCGUCAUCAUCAUCAUCAUCAUCAUCAUCAACAGCGAUUCAACCGACAACAACAACAACAUCGACAACAAUAAAUCAAUAUAAUAUUCCACCGGUGCCUAAUCAUCAUCAUCAUUCCUCAUCAUCCGCCGCAUCAUCAUAUCAUUCAGCGGCAACAAGAUCGCAGAUUCAUAGUCAACAAUAUCAACAACAACAACAAUCGACAACAACAACAACAGCAACAGGAAAUAUUAGUCCAUCAUCGUCGUCAGAAUCGCCAACAUUAUCUUCGCAUAUGUCCAAUCUACUUUAUCCUUCGACUUCAUCAUCGUCGUCGACAUCGAUAACACCAACAACAACAACAACAACACGGCAAUCAUCUUUAUAUAAAGAUUAUUCGGGAAAUAAUGGAACAGUAAUAGGAACCGGAAUUGAUUCGGGUAAUACAGGUACGCCUGGAAUAACAUCAAAUGAUCCAUUAUCAUCAUCAACAACAACCACAAAUGAUAGUCCGGUAAAUAAUGGUGGAAAUACAUCACCAUCCAUAGCGGGUGUAUCCAAUGAUUCACUUAUUGGUAUGAUUGGUGGUGGUGGUGGUGGUGGUUAUUCAUCAUCAUCCGGAUCAUAUUUUGAUACAAUUGGUCGUUCAGCAUCAUCAUCAUUAAGAAAUGGUACAUUAAUGUCAAAUGGUGGUCAUCAUCAUCAUCAUCAUUUACAUCAAAAUGGUUCAUCACCAACAGCAGCAACAUAUGGAUUGAUGGAUCCUAUUGUUGGUAAUAAUAUAUCAUCACCAUCAUCAUCAUGGACAAUCGAUAUGGGUGUUGGAUCAUUAUCUGGUCAUCAUCAGAUGAAUGGUUUAACAGCAACAGCAACUGGAACAUAUGCACCACCAAUAGUACCACCAUCAUCAAUGAUGAAUGUUCAUCAAACAAUGAAUCAUCAUCAUCAUCAUCAUCAACAACAUCAGCAACAACAACAUUUACAUCAUCCAUCACAUUAU